UCUAAGGCCUGUCCCCAACCUUCACUCACUCCUCGACGAGGUCAAAAUGAUAUUCGGACGCUCCUCUCUCGGUUUCCUGCUGGUAACUAUUGUUGCGUUGUUCUGCGCGUUCUGCGCGCAGGAUGUCGAGGCCGCCAAGUCCUCCAAAGCUUCCAAAGCUCCCAAGGCUCCCAAGGUGACACACAAGGUCUACUUCGACAUCCACCACGGUGACAAGGAUCUCGGUCGCGUCGUCCUGGGUCUCUAUGGCGGUAGUGUCCCGAAGACCGUCGAGAACUUCAGGGCGUUGAGCACCGGCGUGCGGAAGAAUGGCACUCUGCUCGAGUCUGACAUGGGAUACAAGGGCUCCAAGUUCCACCGCGUGAUCAAGACCAUGAUGAUUCAGGGAGGUGACUUCACGAUUGGGGACGGUACCGGCGGCAAGUCUAUCUACGGCGACUACUUUGCAGACGAAAACUACAAGAUCCGCCACACUAGUCCCGGCAUGCUUAUGAUGGCUAAUGGAGGCUCUCAGUUCUUCAUUACUACAACCACGACCAGCUGGCUGGAUGGUAAAAAGGUCGUCUUUGGCAAGGUUCUGGAGGGCAUGGACAUCAUUGAGGCUAUCGAGAAAGUUCCCACGGGAGCAAAUGACAGACCAAUGGACGAUGUUGUCAUCGCUGACUGCGGCGAGCUUCCUGUCCCUAAAACCAAGAAAGCCGUGUCCCCCCGCGCCGAGCUAUAAGUUCGGUCAUUUAUAUCUUUAUCAUCUAUGUCCUACGUUGGAAUGGGAAUGGUUGCUUAGCUUACGUCAACUUGAGAUGGCAUGACGGCCCUCAUUGCACGCCAACAUAUGCAUCCACAAACUGAACUCCUUUUAACGAUCUCCUUUUCGGACAUGUUCAAAAUCAAGCAAACAGAGUACAAUCCGG